AUGGGAUAAAAAAAAAACAUGGCGACUUGCAGUAGAUCGCCCUUGCAGUUGUUUUUAUCAAGGCAGACGUCGCGUGUGAUCUGCACCAGAAAUGUCCAAGUUAAAAGUGCAGAAGCGAACCCGUUAUAUCCACCGAUUUUACCGUCUCGGACAGCUAAGAGUAAAUCAGCUAAAAAGCGAGUGUUACUUGAGUUCUUCGACCAAGUACGGACAUUCGAGCCACAGGAAAAGAUCAGAGCUCUCACCCGCAUCCAACGCAUGAAAUACGUGGUUCAUCCUCAGACCCCGGCUAUAGGAGCGGAUAAAUGGUACCAGCAUUUCACCAAGACGGCGUAUCUACCAGGUCUUCCGGAGAAGUUGAGUAAUGGUGAGAUAGAGGACGCUGCGCUUUCUGAGCUGCGCUCCACAGUGUCUGAUGCCCUCCUGCAGGAGCACUGGUACAUGAAGAAAGGCAGGACAUUCAUUUAUAGAGAGCAGGAACAGUUUGUUUCACCCUUUUUGAUGAACGCUGUGUCUGGGCUUAUUGCCUCUUUGGCCAGCAGAAAUCCUGUGCUCCAACUGUCUAAUUUAGAUCAGUCUCCUCAUGUCAACUUUUACUGGUUGAACGGAGAGAGGACUAUUCCAAGAGGACACCGGCGUGGCAGAGUCGAGCCACAGAGGUUCCAGAUUGAUGACCGACCUCACAGCCAGAUACGCAUCAGGCAGCAGCUACCUGAGUUUGUGCCACUUGAGACAGAUGUAGCUGCUGAAGUGCCAGAAAUCCAGUUAGCUCCUGAUUGCCUCCCUUUGUUCCGAAGACAGUAUGACAAUAAUAUCUCUACAGGUGCUAAACUGCAAGACCCAUGCUGCUAUGGUCACACACAGUUCCACAUGGUCCCCGAUCGUUUCCGCAGGGACAAACUGAUAAAGAAAAACCUCUCUGAACACAUUGAAGUGUUUUUGAGGGCCAACGCUAUUGCGAGCCUCUUUGCCUGGACAGGAGCACAGGCCAUGUAUCAAGGCUUUUGGAGUGAACAGGACGUGAGCAGGCCAUUUGUGUCCCAGGCUGUGAUCACAGAUGGCCCGUACUUUUCUUUUUUCUGCUAUCAGCUCAACACACUGGCCCUGAGUUCAUUUUCCGUUCCUAACAACCCACGUAAGAACCUGUGCUGGGGCACAGAAAGCCUGCGCCUGUACGACAAGGUUACGGAUGGAGACGUGAUCGGCUGGAAUGAUGACGUGUUUAAGCUUCUUGUACAGUUUCUGCUGAACAAGCCAUAAAUUAAAUCAAGGGUGUGGAAAUAUGGUGGAAUUUUUCCUAAUAAAAAAUUAAAUAUAAUAUAAUAUGCCACUGUGUGUUGCAGCUGUUGUUUGAAAUUGAGACCUGUGCAAUUUCAAUGUUCACAAUAAAUAAAUCAGUGUAAUGUAA